ACUUUUGUUACGUCAAUGUCAAUUUUAUGAAUAAAUUACGAUUUUUAUUUUUGUAAAUGAUUUGAUUUGAAAAAUAUUGUUUUCUAUUCAGAUAAUAUCUAGAAUUAUAUCUAGAAAGAUGCUGAAAUUUAGCGGUCCUAUAAUUUGGAGGUUAGGUGGUCGAACUAUUGCAAGGACAUACUCGAGUUCUGGAGCUACUGUAUUUAAAGGUAGUCAAAUUGAUACAUCUGGCAGUGGACCUGAGAAGAAUUUCAAGCCCAUUGUUGAUGAGGAUAAAGACAAUUCAGGUCUGGUAGCAGCUGCAUUUGCAUCUCUCAGUAACCCUGACUCCGACAUAAAGAAACCAAGCCCUAAGUCAGUAAAGUACAGUAAGUUGCAGCAACUUGAUGCUCAAAUCUUGAAGGCUACAGAUGUCGAUAGUCUAUUGAUUGCCGCUGAAAAUUCUGUUGUGUCUCGACGACAUGCUUUGAAGAUGGUGUCAGUUCUAUCAGAAUGGUCAAGUAAUAACAAAGUGAAAUUGGCUGACUUCGAGAAGGACCCUCGGUUCCUAAAGUUAUGUCGCAUCCUAGCCAGAACUCCAACUACGGCUCAGGCCAUGACAUCGCUGACUAUGGCUGAGGACCUGAGCACAGUUUUGGGUAUAACCGGUGAUGAUGAAGCAGCCAGGUUGAUAUCCAAUUUGACGCUACCUCAAAUGGUUAAGGUGAUGAAGGCAUUGCAUUCGAAAAGUCGACGGAGCACACCUCUACUUCGCGCCCUUUCGCACAAUAUAAAUAAAACCAGUGAAAUCAUAGACCUAAAAAAGUCUGCCGACCUCCUUUUCUCUAUGGUUUCAUUGAAUUUUCCAGAUCCUCUAUUGUUGGAUAGAAUAUGCAAUGACGUUAUUGAGUGUCUUCCGUCCAACAAGGAGAAGCCAGCAGUCGUAAAUUCCAUCAUAGUCUCCCUCGGUCUGCUCAAGUACCGCCACGAGGCCACGCUGACUGCCAUAUCGGACUGGAUCCAGAAGAACAGCUCCGUUUGCAGACCGGGAGAUGUGGCGUCCGCUGUUAUUACAUUUGCAACAGUUGAUUUCGUGCCCCCACAGAGCGAACAACUUUUUGAGUCAGCAUUAUCACUCAAAGAAGAAGAAAUGGCGAAGGCAUCGGUGUGGCUGGAUUUAACAUUUUCAUUGCUGACGUUAAACAAAGCCGACAAGCAGCACUUAGUAUCGACGCUACGUCCAGAAUUCAUAGACAAAUUAUUAUCUACUGGAGAGAUUCCAAUACCUGCGCGUCGCAAACUGAUGGUGAUCGAUGCAUACGUGGGCCUCACGUACCCUGACUCGCCUCGGUUGCCUGAAGAUAUAUCAGUGGGUGUUCCCCUGGUCUACACCAAGGAGAAGACGUCGUACGUCCAGAGUAUUAUGGACACGUUCAAGAGCCUGGUGUCUGCUGAGACCUUCUUGAGGAAGGAAUGUAAUUCGGGCAUGGGAUUUUUAUAUGAUGCGGAAUUCGCUGUGGAUGCUAAAUGUCAUCCGGUACCUUUGCAGAAAGCUGCUAGUCAAAAAAGCGUGUUCAGGAUAGCGGUGCUGGGCCUGGACUACCACGACAUGACGCGGAAGGCGGUGCAUCCGAUAGGCAUCAACCAGCUUUAUACGAGGCUGUUGGAACUUAAGGGCUUCAAAGUAUUACAGUUACCGUACACGGAGUACAACCCUAAAGACAAGCUCGUCGCUCGUGUACAGUACAUAGAAAAGAAAUUAAAAGAAAUUAUCAGCAGUGCGCCCGCUUCGUAGGUGACAUUAGUUAGAUUUCUAUUAUAGUCUGUGUCAUUGUACAGCGGGUGUACCAUGAAAUGAAGUUCCGAAAUUUCGUACUCAAUUUCGUGUUUUUGUUUAUACCAAAAUCGGACCAAUAAAUGGAGUUUAACAUUUCGUUAAUCAUAAAAGUGCAAAGGAACAAUAUUUUACACAUUUUUAAUAUUUCCAAACGGCAUGUAUUAUGUAAUUUUAACAUCAAAUUUCUGUUUCGUUUGGCACCGAAAUUUCGGAGAACAUUUCAUGGCUGAGCAUAAUUUCGUGACAUCAUAGGGAAUAAAUCAAUUAGCUGAUUGACUUUUUUCUGCAGUGAGAUUAUAAAUACAACUUAUGUGUAAGUAUGUAUAGUACAAAGGUCUACACAUCCAGUGAACAUCGAGGGCAAUAAUUAACAAAUUACAAGGUUGUAUAAGAAUCAAAUGUUUCAUUUGACUGUAUUGUUGUAAUCACAUAUAUUAGUUAAGUAAUUUAACAUGAGAAUUUAAUUUAUUUAUUAUUAGAUCAAAAUUAAUUAUACUUCACAGUUGUAAUAACCUAAUGGGGUAGUCAGAGGUGUUUUUUUGACCGUCGUAGUAAUAUUCGAUAUGCUAACUUUUCAGCGAGCACAUUUAAAAGUCGAUGUGACAGGAAUUUUGCUGAAAAUACCUGUUUUUUUUAUGCAACUUAGAAUGGCAAACAAGCUGACGACCCGCCUGAUGGAAAGUGGUAACCGUCGUCUAUAGACAUGAGCUGUACCGUGGAUAUAACAGAGUGUACCCUUUCGCCCAUGAUACCCCCCAUGCGUUGCCAUUCCUGAGGACUCAGGUGUUAUUCCUCUGUACCCUGUAAAUUUACUGCCAUAUCUCGCCCUUCAAACCGAAACACAGCCAUGCAAACACAACUGCUUCACGGUAGAAACAUGAAUGCGACAGAGGUGCCCAAACGAACGACUUUUGUACAAAGUCUCCCUCUGGUAUUGUGAAAAUGAAACAAACAAAUCAAGAAAUUGUUACAAAAAUCCUGUGUAACAUAAGUACGCACUAGUUUUAAUUAUUACCAACUGUUACAAUGUUAUUAUAACAUGAUGUAAUGUUCUUAUCUCUAUGUAACGUCAUAUAUGUAAUACGAGUAUGUACAUAAUGUAAAAUAAUAUUGAACUUUAUAUAUGUAAACACGUGUUUGUUUUAUUCAAGUCUUUAAUUGAUAUAUCGUCAUAGUCGUAGAAUACUGACGGAUCUUUAUAUGUAAUCUUCGUUAGAUCCGUCAGUAUUCUACGACUAUGACGACAUGUAGGUGACAUUUAGGGCCCAUGUAGAUGGACAUUUGAAUUGGACGAACGUAUAAAGGAAAUUUGAUAGCAUGAUGGAAACGUCGUCAUCAAUAAUUAGUAGUACCGCAUUCGAGUAUUCUGACACUUCCCUUUGGUUGACUGGGAGAGAAUGCUUUUAGCAUAAAGGCCGCCAUGUACACAUAUUUGUACUAAUCUAUCUAUGCUUAUAAUAAAUCUGUAGCGAGGUCAAUUCUGUACAUGAAAUAUAUUUCCAAAAUAACUAUCAGGGGGUGAUUAGUGAUCGAUACUGAUGCCAAAAAUGCAAUCAGUAAAAUUUUUGUCUGUCUGCCUCUGUCUGUAUGUUCGUUAUAGAAACAAAAACUACUCGAUGGAUUUUAAUGAAACUUGGUACAAUUAUUCUUCAUACUCCUGGGCAGGUUAUAGUAUACUUUUCAUCACACUACGAUUAAGGGAAAUUUUAAAAAUGUCCACCCGUGCGACGCCGGGACGGGCCGCUAGUGAAUAAAUAAAUAAAUAUUAGUCAUUAUCUGUCCACUGCUAAACCUAAGCUUCUCCCGCGAGUUCCAAAGCUCAACAUAAGGGGAGGAAGUUUGUCAGUAGAAUGGGCCACCCUUUUCCGCGGGUGUCGUAAGAGGCGAGACUAAGGGAGGGCGAGGGAUGGGCAAUAGUGUCCCUCCUAAAACAUCUCCAAAGCCUAACAAAACCCAAAAGCCUGGCAAAACUCACCAAGGGGGAGGCUUAUGGUUAACAGUGGACAGUUAAAGGCUUAUGAUGAUGAUGAAAUGUACAAAUUAACUAGUAGAUUAACUGUUUUAAUAUAUAUAUAUAUAUAUAUAUAUAUAUAUAUAUAUAUAUAUAUAUAUAUAUAUAUAUAUAUAUAUAUAUAUAUAUAUAUAUAUAUAUAUUUACAUAAACAUCAAUUUUAUUUUGAAAUAAAACUGGUAUUUUUAUUAUUUACAAAGGGUAAUUAUGUGAUUGAGCCCCCGUUAUCUAUAUUUCCAUCUUUUAAACACAAAAAAAAAAAACAAAUGUGGAAAUGAGGAAGUAAGCUUGUUUCUUAUUGUACCUCUUGGUGAUUUAACGCCUGAACAAAUCGUCAUGAAACUUGAUAUAUAAGUACUGUUUGGGAUGGAGAAGGCUACUAUUUAUACCAGUCAUGUAGACAAAGACGCGGGUAAGAGUUAGUAUUCAAAAUUAAUUUGUAUACGAAACUUGAUACUAGGCAUGCAGGACGCGUACUACGCGUACGAAUAUGAAAUUGUUGAAAAUGUCACAUAAAAUGUACACAAAUGUAUUUAUAGCCUUUCUAUUGAUUUGUAUUAAUUUUAUUAGAAAUGUACAUAUAUAGGUCAGUGUGUAGCAUAGUAUUACUUCAAUAGUAAUUAAACUAAUAAAUUAUUUAUGCCAUACCCGAAAAUUCGCUGUUUGAGGAGAUUCGAAACGAAUUGAUUCGCAGUAGAAUUAGAGUAAAUGUUUGCCCACAAAGGUUUUUUGCUGUUUGUACUGGUUAGUACAAAUUAACGGUUUUUAAAAUUAGUUUAAUUGAGUAAAAUUAAAUUACAUCAAAUUAAAUUACAUCGAGUUACAUUAAAUUAAAUAAAUUACAUUGAAUUAAAUAAAUUACAUUGAAUUAAAUUAAAUUACACUGAAUUAAAUUAAAUCGUAUUGAAUUACACUGAAUUAAAUUAAAUUACACUGAAUUAAAUUAAAUUGUAUUAAAUUACAUUGAAUUAAAUUAAAUUGAAUUAAACUAAAUUGUAUUAAAUUACAUUGAAUUAAUAUUAAAUUGUAUUUAUUACAUGAGGAACCUUUAUGAUGCCCAUGUAUGUACGGGAGAUAUUUGUAUAAUAGCGGGCGUUAUUGGGAUAUAGCUGAUGUGACAAUUUAUUGAACUUUAUGUUAACUUUGAUUAUUGAAAUUUAUAUUGUACUUGACACCAUUAUAUCGAGUAAUCGACUUGAUGCAAUAAGUUUACUUACUAACUAAUCAACCAAAUACAGAAAUACUUACUGUAAUGUUUUGUAGACAAUGUGAAUAAUGGUAUGUGUAUUUACAAAAAGUUAUAGUUGUUAAUAUUGUUUGAAUAAAUGAAAUACACUACA